UGCUGCAUGUGUGUUUCCUCUCAGAAGCUUUGCUCUCUCAGUCAUGUCUCUGCACAAGUUCAUCGAUAUCGGGGUGAACCUGACCGACCCGAUGUUCAGAGGACUCUACCGAGGGAAGCAGAAACACGACGACGACUUUGAUCAGAUCAUCGACAGAGCUCUAAAAGUCGGGCUUGAAAAGUUUAUGAUCACAGGAGGAAACCUAGAAGACAGCAAGGAGGCCCUGAAACUAGCCGAGAGCAGAGAUGAGUUCUUCACGGUCGGCUGCCAUCCGACCCGCUGCAGUGAGUUUGAGCAGAGCGGAGAGUCGGAGUAUCUCUCGGGGCUCAGAGAGCUGGCAGCGGCUCACAGAGGGAAGGUGGUCGCCAUCGGAGAGUGUGGACUUGAUUUUGACAGAUUGGAGUUUUGCCCAAAAGAGACUCAACUCAAAUACUUUGAGAAGCAGUUUGACCUGGCAGAGGAGACCAAGCUGCCGAUGUUCCUUCACUGUAGAAACUCCCAUCAGGAGUUUAUAGACAUCAUGAAGAGGAACCGGGACAGAUGUGUCGGAGGAGUGGUGCACUCCUUCGAUGGGACAGCAGAGGACGCUGCCGCACUCAUAGACCUCGACCUUUACAUCGGAAUAAAUGGAUGUUCCUUAAAGACAGAAUCCAACAUAGAAGCGAUGAAGUCGAUCCCCAGAGAGAGACUCAUGAUAGAAACAGACGCUCCGUGGUGCGGUGUGAAGAACACUCACGCAGGCUCCAAAUAUGUUAAAACUACAUUUCCAACGAAGAAGAAAUGGGAGGCUGGUCACUGUAUGAAGGACAGGAACGAGCCCUGUCACAUCAUACAAGUUCUAGAGGUGAUGGCGGCAGCGAGGGACGAGGACCCAGCGGAGCUUUCCAACACGAUCUACAACAACACCAUCAGAGUCUUCUUCGGCUCCAGCUGAUGAUGAAGCUUCAGUGUGUG